CAGCAUAAACAAAAAAGAAAUAUUGCUUUGAACGAGAUGUCGCAUAAGAAUGAGAAAACUCAACACUUUGAAAAGGCGGAGGAUAUUCGUACAAAAGUGCUCGAUUCAAUGAUCUACCGACUCGAUGAACGUGCAAAUAUGGUUAUCACGGAGAGCCCAAUUCCCGAAUGGCGUGCUUAUACACAAUGGAUUCUCAUUGCUGCGUUGCUUGUAAUUUUUUGUAUUCUUCGUUAUGGCGUCGAGACUGUUGAACUGCAUCCAACUGCAAAGAAGGAUCAAGAUCCUGUGAUUGAGUACAGAGAUCGAGAAUUGAAUAAAACUUCUGAGGCUUUUAGAGCAAGACGCCGUACGUGAGCUAAUUGGAAUCAAUUGGAUGAUGAAUUUAAAGAAAUAUAACAACUUUCCGAACUAUUAUUUAAAAAUUUAUAAUUGCGUUUUCUUAAGAUUUUAUAAAAUAUUACCUUAA